AUGAAGUUCUCCGUCUUCUCCCUCCUCACCCUCGGCCUCGCCGUCGGUUCCCUCGCCGCGCCCACGCCGGUCGAAGAGCGCGAUCUCCCCACCGUGACGGGCGUUCUCACCAACAUCGGCACCAAAGUCGACGCCCUCGGGUCCGCCAUCCAAGCCUACAACGGCGGCAGCGUGGCCAAGCUCCAACAAGCCUCCGACAACCUCGUGACGGCCAUCAACAACGGCAACAAGAAGGUCAGCGGCACCGCGGCGCUCAGCUCCGGCGAUGCCCUCGGUCUCCCGGGUCCCGUCAACGAUCUCAAGAAUAAGAUCUCCACCGUCAUCACCAAGCUCGAUGGCAAGAAGGCCCAGAUUGUCAAGGCGGGCAAGGGCGCUCAGACCUACAAUGAUUUGACUCAGCAGAAGGCGGCCGCGAAGAAGUUGUCGGAUACUAUUGUGUCCAAGGUUCCGAAGAACCUGCAGAGCCUUGCUGGCUCCAUUGCGGGUGGUAUCUCUGAGGCGAUCAAUACUGGUGUCAAGGAUUUUGCUGAUCAGGCUCCGAAGAAGGCCCUUGAUCAUAGUAUCAGAAUAUGA